UUAUAUGUUGCACACUGUGUAUUACUUUCCUUUGAUCCCCACUGUUGUGGUCCUGGCUCUGCUGUGUGUGUGUGUGUGUGGUAAUAUCCAGUGUGUCAAGGCAGUAUUGAUAUUCACUGCAUGCCAGCUCGAGGGAUAAGAUCUCAGAACGUAUAAUAAACGGUGUGUUUUGAUCCUACCCCAUCCCUCAGGCCGCAGUGCCAAUGAGUGCUGCAGUGCCACAGUUCAGUUUCUCGUUCAUUUCAGUGCCUGGCAUGGCCCAGUGCCUCCUCAGUGUCGCGUCCCCGGGUUCCUCGCCGCCCCAUGUGUCUUAAGCGCUGGAGAAUCGCGUGCCUAUGGAGGAAAUCCGCUCGCAGCUCGCCCAGCCUACACGCCCACACACUCACAUGAGCAAUACGCCUCCAUAAUGCUCGCCUGCCCAUGACCCGUCCACUACAUUCAGGGUACAAAGUCCACAUUGUUCCGUGUACGAUUAAUGUUCCUCCACACGCAAGUAAGCCGUAGAUGCACAUGUGUGAGUACGUUCAUGUGUGCGUACCGGAGGCCGGCCGUGUGCAAGGGUGGUGAGAGUUGUGCAUUCCUGUAGGGGUGUGUGGCGGAGUGAGGCGGGCGAGGGAGCGGGGGCAGCACUGGCCGCGUGUGUCGGCUUCGUACGUUGGGGGCGGAAUCUGGCCCGACUCUCAUCGACGAUUGGCCGGCGCGCGCUGAAUGGGCGAGGUUACUAUUGCUCCGCCCACCCGGGAGAGAUUACAUCGCAAAUGCUGUGUGUGUGUGCGAUGCUCGGGCAGGCUGGAGUCCGGAGUCUUAGUGGUGUUCUAUUUGGACCGGCCGUCAGUUGUGCUGAGGGUGCGCGGGUUGGCCCGUCCUGCAGCCCGUUGUGAGCGUUAGCACGAACCGCCUCUGUCUCUCCUCUUUUGUCGUCUGUCCCGCCGAGUGGGUGAUAGUUGUGUUGAGAGGAAGGAUUGAUAGAGAAAGACACGCAGUUGCAAGUAAUCACCGAAAUGUAGCAAAAGAAGCGCCUGGUGAGCACCCAAGGUCCUGCCGACUGAUCCCGAUGAGCAGGGCCGCCCGGCUGGUGGGUCCACACUCACACAGUUCACCUCUCAGCCCUGCAAAGGCGCCCCAGCCCGUCCUGGCCCUCUCCAAGGGCUGCAGCGCGCCUUGACAGUACCGUUCUCGAAAGUAUCGUGAGCCUCGAGUAGUGAAUCAGUAUGGAUAUGAACGGAAUGGAUCAGUCAGGACAGGCGGCCGCGGGAGGCUACAUGAACCGCUGGUAUGACGGCUCGGAGGGCGGCCACUCGGGCCUCCACCAGGACUACUACAACAGCAUGGCACAGGCGAUGCACUGCGCCUACGGCAACAAUAUGGCCGCACGGAUGGGCUCCGGCCAGGUGUUCCGCCCUCACUUCGCCUCGCCGCUGCACCCGUGGCUGGGCGGGGACAAAUCCAUGGUGGGCGGCUCCUCCCCCUCCUGGCACUCCCCCUUCACCAAGCCUCCUCACUAUGCCCACGCCCACUCCUCCACGUCGCCGGCGCCACACUCCAACUCCUACUCCUAUACGUCCUCCGGCCUCUUCGCAUCAGCCUUCUCCAAGGACGACACAAUGGCGGCCGGCGCGGGCGGCAGCGGCCCCGUCACGGACUACUCCAUGGCGGGGAGCGGCGACGUGUCCGACGUGAAGAGCGCGCCCAUGCUGUCCCCGCUAGGGGCCUGCGCCAACAAGAGCGGGCGUGAAGGUGCGGGUUAUUCCUCCACCCCGGGGGUCAGCGGGAGCGGAGGGGAGGCCUCGGCCACUCCCCUCCUGCCCUCUUACCCCCACUACCCGGGCUCCCUGGGCGGGGGGUCAGAGUUCCCCAACCCCUACUACCCGCCCUCCUCACACUUCAACAAGGCGUUGGGCCACGACAAGCCAAAGUCCAAGCCGCGCUCCUCCGCCGAGGGCCGUGAGUGCGUCAACUGCGGCGCCACGUCGACGCCGCUGUGGCGACGCGACGGCAACGGCCACUACCUGUGCAACGCCUGCGGCCUCUACUACAAGAUGAACGGACAGAACCGCCCGCUCAUCAAGCCCAAGCAGCGCAUGUCGGCCCAGCGGCGGGCGGGCACCAGCUGCGCCAACUGCAAGACCACCACCACCACGCUGUGGCGACGCAACCAGAACGGCGAGCCAGUGUGUAAUGCGUGUGGCCUGUACUACAAGCUGCACAACGUGCCUCGCCCGCUGUCCAUGAAGAAGGAAGGCAUCCAGACCCGCAACCGCAAGCUGAGCUCCAAGUCCAAGAAGAAGAAGGGAAUGCUGGGCUUCCCGGACAUGCUGAAGCCCCUGGACAAGGGCGGUUUUGGCGGCUUUGGCACCGGCGGUUCCGGGUUCGGCUCCAUGUCCCACUACAUGUACGGCGGCCAGAUGCACGGCUCCUCCAUGGCGGGCGGCUUCAUGUCGGCGCCGCCCAUGCACGGCAUGUCUGCCAUGUCGGGCGUCGGGCUCGGCCUCUCCUCCACCUCACAGAUCCAGAUCCCCUCCGCGUCAAGCUUAGGACUCUCGUCAUCGAACAGUAUAGUGGGUGCGAUGGCCUAGGGACACGCCUCCGCCGACGGCCGCAGCAGCCUGCUUGCCAGUCUGAGCCGCGAGGGCAUGGCUGCCUUCACGUCCGCCACCCAGCCAAUGGAGGCGGCGGACCAGCAGCCUUCCUACAGCGGCGCCCACCUCUAUCCCUCCCAGACCGGGAGGGGCGGGCUAGGACAAGCAGGCUGCGGGGACACAGGGCUCAGCAGUGGGUACCACGGGUCUAUGGCCUCCCACCUGCCCUCCUCGUCAGGUGCCACCUGAUGCGGUGCUCCCAGCCGUCGCGCGGACCAAUAGCACAGCCCAGCCGGCGUCCAAGUCUUUCAGGUGCUAGUGAUAGGCAGUGUGUCCAGGGUGUGUCGCUACACUCUCAAUACUCCAGCGUACUACUCACCUCAUUCCACUGACACUGUGAUUAUUACCUUACUGAGGUCACUAUUUAUUGGAGGAGAGCUACACAGGCAGAACUGGUCUCUCGAGGACUGCAGGACCAAGUCUUCUGCCCGGCUGCUUCGCCCUCAGCAGAGGUGACCGCGGGAAUCCUAACCACUUUGCCGGCACACGGCGUGCCGCAGGACUGGACCCUCAGCGCAAAGUGGAGUCGCAUCUCACUUGGCUCCCGCAGCUGGCGGCGGGCGGUGCAGUCCUCACCUUUCUCUUCUCUACUCUGCACAGUGACAACUUCGGACUUUUAAGUCCAGUUUUAGAAAACUCAGAUUAACCCCGGGCUUUUGAAGUCGAUUUCUGAUAUUAGUAGUAUCUACUAAACAAUAAAUAACUCGUAAAACAUGAACAGGACGCAGCCCAGCCCGGCCUGGGGCGACUGUUUGUCAGAAGGCGCACGUGGUGUGUUCAGCACGACGGGCGACGUGUAGAUAAGUGACUGAAUGUAAAUUUGUUUAUCUCUAUAAUUACUAGUCGGCUAUUUUUAUCAUAACGUGUUUCCUUACUGUAUUACCCUGGCCAAACGUUUCCACAUGUUGAAUGAAUUUCACAAAUAAGUUAACUUAGUCCGUUAGAGUAAUUCUGCUUUGUUAUACAAUACCUUGUACAGGCAUUGGUGUCACUCUUCAAUACCUGAACACGCACUGGGAGGGCGCGGCGCCGCGGCGCACCCUGGCCUGUCCGGCGCCUCCCUCACCUCUGUGCUGGUGACCACUCGGGGACUGUCACUCCUGGCCAGGGUAAUGGACGUUUCUGUGGUUUCUGGAAUAUUUAUGUAGUGCGCGACGAUGCUUUCUCUGUAAAGUGUCUCAUUUGUUUUAACCAUAAAUAGCAUUGAGAGGAAUCUUGCAUGUCUUGUGAAGCAAACGCCGGCACACCGCCUGCCCCGGGCCCGUGUGGCAGCCACGCACGGCCUCGCCGCGGGCCACUGCGGCGCCCCGCGAGGCCCCUGCUGCCCCGCGCUGACGUGCCACACAGCGCACAGUGCACCGCGUUGAUGUCACUCUUGUAACGUUUUACUGUAAAGGAGGAAGCUGCUUUCUCUUAAAAAGGAAUCAAUGUUUACAACAGGACCUUUGGUGUUACGGGACAGAGUGAUGGGGAACACCACAUUCGUUAGCACUGGUCAGGUGCACUACCUUGUUUUUUUUCCUGAGCUCCUAACAUUGAAAACUCUUGUUGAUUCAUUACUAUUGCCAAUGUGACCACCAUCCGACGUCACCACCCGACUAAACCCAAGGAAUUUCCAACGCUCUGCCUUAUCGCUCCGCUGUUGUUUGCGUCAAGUUCUCGGAUGAAAACAUUAAAUGAAUCUUGUUUAUCUCCCUUGGUGUCAUGAUUCCCACAACCCUUAAGAACACUGUGACAACAUUUUUCACCACCUCGUAAGUACAACGUUUGUGAUUUAACAAAAAAGAAAUUUACAUCCCUUUCCCAUCAAUAGUUUUUACUCCCGCAUCCACCCCACCUGUGAAGUACGUACGUGACAAAACAGACAAAAAAAAAAGAUAUCUGAAAAUCACAACGAACACAAAAUCUAAAUAAAAUGUGUAUAGAAGAAAUGGCAUCACAGUAUUUAUGUUUUGAUUUAAUAAAGAUUUGUAUAAUGAA